CACUACGCGCGCGUCACCUUGUGCAACAGAGAGUGAACAUGAGUUUUCUCUCUUGUCAUCUGUGAAGAAAAGCGAUUGUUUACACAUUUCCAUGGUUUAUUAAGUCGUUAUUAUAUUAAGACAUUAUUCCGGAUUCAUGAGUAAAUAUAUUUUACCCGUGUCUGCGUUCGGGACCGUGCUUGGCUGCGCUGUUUUACUGAAGAACCAUGUGACUGGAGGACGGUGCACCAGUAAAGCUGUCAUUCCUGGAAAGACUGUGGUUAUCACAGGAGCCAACACGGGCAUCGGCAAAGAGACGGCCAGAGAGCUGGCCAAGAGAGGGGGACGGAUCAUUAUGGGAUGUCGGGACAUGGAGAAGUGCGAGGCGGCCGCGAAAGAGAUUCGAGGGAAUACGCUGAAUCCUCAUGUGUACGCCCAUCACCUCGAUCUGGCCUCAACGAAAUCCAUCCGAGAGUUUGCGGAGAAGAUUAAACAAGAGGAGCAGAGAGUGGAUGUGCUGAUCAACAACGCAGGCAUCAUGAGAUGUCCCGCGUGGAAGACAGAGGAUGGCUUUGACAUGCAGUUUGGAGUUAAUCACUUAGGCCACUUCUUGUUGACAAACCUUCUACUGGAUAAGUUGAAGGAGUCCGCCCCCAGCAGAGUUAUCAACCUGGCCUCGCUCGCCCACAUCAUUGGAGAGAUGGACUUCGAGGACUUGCACUGGGAGAAGAAGAAGUUUAAUACCAAGCAGGCGUAUUGUCAGAGCAAGCUUGCCAACGUUCUGUUCACCAGAGAGCUCGCCAAGCGUUUGCAAGGCACAGGAGUCACAGUGAACGCUGUGCACCCAGGCGUUGUUGCCACGCAGCUUGGGAGGUACACCAACCUCCACCAAUCAAAGUUCUCGAGCUCUGUGCUCGGCCCGUUUUUCUCCCUCCUGGUGAAGAGCCCAGAGCUCGGGGCCCAGGCCAGCGUUUACCUGACCGUGUCUGAGGAGAUGGAGGGCGUGACGGGACACUACUAUGAUGUCAUGACAGAAAAGGAACCGGCGCCCCAGGCUCUGGACGAGGAGGUGGCUCGCAAGCUGUGGGAGGUCAGCAGCAAGCUGGUGGGUCUGGACGAGGACGGGCAGACCGGCGUGUCGGAGGCUCCAGCAGAAGGCCAGAACAAAGCUGCACAGACGGAGCCAGCACAAAAACAUGGACAUAGCCCAGGAGCAACAGUCAGUGCUGUGAGGCUGUAGGUUCUGCUGCUCUGGCCUCUCACGCAGCAGGGAAUACUGGAUAUUUAACACGUGAGCUGCAGACGGCAGGUUGAUUGUUUGCACUCAUUUCUUUAGCUUCUGCUUAAUUUAUGUUGGCUUAUUUUUUAGAACAUUGAACAGUGCUAAGUAUUUUUUUUUUUAUUUAUUUCAGCAAUCAGAGCAAUUAACUGAGAGAGGGGAAAGACAUGAAUCUGGGUUCAAAAAUCUAGUUUUUAGUGUGAAAGAGGCAGCACUAAUGUUGUGCACUGUCCUGAGCUGCUCCUCCCACACUUGCACAGACACACUAGAUUCUCAUAUAACAGUUGACCUGAGAAAACCUGAGGAAAUGGGGACUUUUCCACUGAAGUGACACAUAUCUGAUGAGCCUCUCUCUCCCUCCCUCUCCCUCUCUCUCUCUCUCUCUCUCUCUGUCUGUCUGUGAUUGGUCAGUUUCCCCCAUCACAGUGUAGCUGUCUCUCCAAGUGCUUGCUUCAGUUUUGAUGGAAAUGUUCAAUCGAUAAUGCCAAAAAUAUCCUGCCUCCUGCAGCUUUAACCAUUUCAGUCUGUGAAUUUGGUUUGUCGCUAUAAUGUCAGUAUCUUCUACAUUAUAUUCCUGCAUCAGGAUUUGAGACUUGUGUAUCUUUAGGAUGAGCUGUGAUUUAGCUCAGCGUGGAGCUGCUGGAAGUGCACGAAAUAAAAUGAGUAAGUGAA